GAGCCGCGGAGAGGCGCGGGGAGAGCCAUGCGGGACUACGAGGAGGUGGCCGCCUUCCUGGGCGAAUGGGGCCGCUUCCAGCGCCUCGUCUUCUUCCUGCUCAGCGCCAGCAUCGUCCCCAACGGCUUCAACGGGAUGUCGGCCGUCUUCUUAGCCGGCACCCCCGCGCACCGGUGCGCCGUGCCCCGCGGCGCCAACCUGAGCGGCGAGUGGCUGAACGCCAGCAUCCCGCUGGAGCUGCGCGGCGGCCGGGCGGAGCCGAGCCGCUGCCGCCGCUACCGCCUGGCCGCGCUCGCCAACUUCUCGGCGCUGGGGCUGCGGCCCGGCUCCGACGUGGAGCUGGGAGAGCUGGAGCAGGAGCCGUGCCUGGACGGCUGGGAGUACAGCCGAGACGUCUACCGCUCCACCAUCGUCACCGAGUGGAACCUGGUGUGCGAGGACGACUGGAAAGUGCCGCUGACGACGUCCCUGUUCUUCGUGGGCGUCCUCAUCGGCUCCUUCAUCUCGGGGCAGCUCUCGGACAGGUUUGGCAGGAAGAGCAUCCUCUUCUCCACGAUGGCCGUGCAGACGGGCUUCAGCUUCCUGCAGAUCUUCUCCACCAGCUGGGAGAUGUUCACAGUGCUCUUCCUCAUAGUGGGGAUGGGGCAGAUCUCUAACUACGUGGUGGCCUUCAUACUGGGCACAGAAAUUCUUGGCAAAUCAGUUCGUAUUAUAUUCUCUACGUUAGGAGUUUGCAUAUUUUUUGCAAUUGGCUACAUGUUGCUGCCACUGUUUGCUUACUUCAUCAGAGACUGGCGGAUGCUGCUGCUGGCGCUCACCGUCCCGGGGCUGUUCUGCGUCCCGCUCUGGUGGAUCAUUCCUGAAUCCCCUCGGUGGCUGAUGUCCCAGGGAAGAUAUAAAGAGGCAGAAGCUAUUAUCCGAAAGGCUGCAAAAAUAAAUGGCAUUCCAGCCCCGGCUGUGAUUUUCGACACCGCGGAGAUGCAGGAUUCGAAGCCUCAGCAGCAGCAGAAGGCUAUCCUUCUGGACCUAUUUCGAACCCGAAACAUUGCAACUAUUACUAUUAUGUCAUUACUUUUGUGGUUUUUCACAUCAGUUGGUUACUUUGGCCUCUCCCUUAACACUCCAAACCUGCAUGGCAAUGUCUACAUCAACUGCUUCCUCCUGGCGGUUGUUGAAGUCCCAUCCUACGUGAUCGCCUGGCUUCUCCUCCGCUUCCUGCCUCGGCGCUACUCAAUAGCUGGCACCUUGUUUUUAGGGGGUGGCGUCGUCCUCUUCAUCCAGCUUGUUCCUACAGAUUACAGUGCCCUGUCUGUUGGCCUGGUGAUGCUCGGAAAAUUUGGCAUCACAUCUGCGUUUUCAAUGCUUUAUGUCUACAAUGUGGAGCUCUACCCAACAUUGGUCAGAAACAUGGCAGUCGGAGCUACAUCCACGGCUUCCAGGCUGGGCAGCAUCAUUGCUCCUUACUUCGUUUACCUGGGUGCCUACGACAGAAUCCUACCAUAUAUCCUCAUGGGAAGCCUGACUGUGCUGAUAGGGAUCCUUACCCUGUUCCUCCCAGAGAGCUAUGGAAAUUCUCUGCCUGAGAGCUUUGAACAAAUGCUGAAGGUGAAAUGUUUCAGAAAUGGGCAACAAACCACUGGAGCUAGGAAUUCCAAGAAGAGUCCUAAAAUUCUGGUAACACCAAUGUGAAGACGGAUGCAUGCUCUCUGUGGGGCUGAAAGAAGAACAAGAUCCUCAAAAUGCAUUUCCUGCCAGAGGGAAACAAAACCCAACAGUCAGUGCUGCCACACCAUAGUUAUUAUCCCCUGUGCUGCUGUAGCUAAAUACCUAGUUUACUGAACAGACGCUGUCUGCUCACGUAGGACUCUUAGUUUGUGAUUGUGUCCUGAUUCCUGGCAGGAAUACAGCUAUGACUCUACUCGGUCAUGUACUCAAUGAAAGCUGCUAAAAGAAAAAAGAAGGUAGCAAAUGUAAUACUGGUGGUUUUUCUUGCUGUGUGCAUUGACUGGAUGAAGGGGAGCUGGGUGUCUGUCACUGAACAUCUCAGCACACGUAUCUAAAGGAAAGAUCCCAGCCUCAUUUGAAACCUGUAACCGAAGCCUGAUAGUCUAGGUGGAAUCUGAGUUUAGCUGUAGCAAAGCACAUGUAGACGUCACUGAAAUAACAUUUUUGUUUAAAAACCGUAAUAUAAAUAACAUUAUUGUUUAAAAAACAGUAACAUUUUUUAAACAAGACAGAGUAGCUUUUGAUGUGUGUUUCCCAGGACCCGGAAUCCACAUUUGAUCCACUCAUCCCUGUAAAAGCUGAUGUUUUUUCAUAAAGCCUAAGCCUGCUGAAAUCACUGGGCUUCAUGAAUGUUCCGUGUAAGGACUCUAGCUUGCUGACCCACUUCUGAUGGGCCGUGCCCACUUUCCAAUGAAACAAAGACUUUAGCAAGUAAGUGAUCCUAUUCAAAUAUGCACUGCAGUUUUAGCUUUGGGAGUUUUCAUGGUAUAUUGACACAAGCAGCUUUUUGAAUCUUUUUGUCUUUUUUUUCAAAGCAUUUCAUUUCUCUUUUGAAUAUACACUACACUGUGCUUUACCUUCAGAGAAAGCUCAUCUCAGUUUUUAAAGCCUCUGCAAAAACCUUUGUACCAUUUACAAAUUUAAAGGGGAUUUGAUGCUUGCAAAAACCUGUGUUCUGCACAGUUGUUGUUUACCUGCAGCUAUUAAGAACUCAAAAGAGCCGAUUUGGGACCACAGAUUUUUUUUCAAAACAAAGAAUGCCAACAAAGCCAGUAUUUUAUUUUUCAAAUCCUACAUGUUAUAUAUGCAUUUUUUUUAAAGUUCAGCAAAGCUAGGUGAGAUGAAAAGUCACAUGUAGUAGAGCUUAGACUUGUGCUACUACUGUUUUAUGAACACUACAUAGUUUAAAAAAAAAUCCUAUUUAUUGGUUGUGCAUGGACUUGUUGGCCACAUAAAGUCUGUCAGCCUAGCCAGACUACCUAGAACAGGUAGACUGAUUUUUAUCAUUUAUAAAUAACUAUCAGCCAUGAUUCACAUUCUGUAAGGGCCAAGAAAAGCACCAUCUCAUCUCUUAUUGUGAAAAUUCAUGGCAAUUUGUCUUGUGCUGGCAUUUGGUGCAGAAGUGAGGACCUCCCUCUAAGUUCAAGCACAUAUAUAAAGCUUUAUAACAUUUAAAUGCAAGCAACUUGUGCAAUCAUUUCAAGCUGCUCUUUGGGAUGUGGAAAUUCUACUUACUUUAAUAUUAAUUUUCUGUAGUCAUGCUUUUGCCACAAAUGUAACGUGGCAUAAGGCUGAUGACCUCAGAUGUUCUCAUCCCUUCUCAAACUGGAAUUUCUUUAAUGACAACAGUAUUUAAUCUUGUCUUUACUUAUUACAAAGUUCAUCUCUAGAAUAGCUGUUUAGACAUAACUAGAUUUCUGAACAAAACCUUUAUAUCAGCGUAUGACAGCUUUGAGGACUUAGUUAAAUAUAGGUGGCUUUAUUUUUAUGAAGAUUUUUAUAUUAAGUUCAUACUUAUUUUAUGUGAUUGUAGGCUUAGGUAUUUCUAAAGGUAAAUAUUUUUAUAUUCUUAAACUUUGUAGUAUCUUAAAACCUAAUUUUCAUUUUUUAAAUAAGAAAAAGGAUUGUGAUUUUUUAAAAUACCUUGUUUUAAUCAGUUUUAUUUUUCCUGCUUAUGCCAUUCAUCCAAAGCUGGUGUCACAGUUUAAUAUUGGCAGAUUUAAAAAAAAAAAUCCUAUGUGAAUGGAAUGCACCUCUACAAGAAUGUGUUGUUGUUAUAAGGACUUACUGUGUUGGAGCACAGUCAAAACAAGAAAAGGAGAUUGCUUCAGCUGAUGUAGUUACUAAAUUUUUAAUUGUACAGCUGAAGAAAACAGCAUCGGUUUAAUAGCUGUUGGUAGGAAAUAAAUGUGUUGCUGGUGAGCAAUUUAAGACUUUCACUGCAAUCUUUAGCGAGUUUUCUGUGUCAGACAUGCAGUGGGGCUCAUGAUGGGACCUGCAUGCUCACGUGCAGUUGGGAGAUGUAUGUAUGGCUCUGACCCGGAGACGGGAGGGAAGCACAACUGGAUCUCUCCCAUUGAUUGCACUAUGCCUCAGCUCUCUCCUCUGUCACAUUUACCUGGUUCUGUCUGUGUAACCUCUUAUCUUCAGUAAGAUCUGACACGGGCUUAUUGGAUGUGUUAAAACAUGUAUACAAAUGUAGUAGUUGUUGCUUGGUACCUGCUGUCUUUAUUGUAAUAAAAAUGUGCACUGGCAUUGUG